AUGCCAAGGAAGGUUUUUGUCCGGCGACUCAGUAUCGAAUCCUCUCACCUAGAGUUAGGGUUUUCUAUUCCAGGAUUUGAUCGCCGAAUGGGUGAGGUUUCGGGAGACGGUUCCGCUGAUUGCUUCAGCCAGAUGAUGUCAUCUAUGCCGGGUUUUCGCUUCCAUCCCACUGAUGAGGAGUUGGUGAUGUAUUAUCUGAAGCGGAAGAUUUGUGGGAAGAGGCUGAAGCUCAACGUGAUUCGUGAAACCGAUGUGUAUAAGUGGGAUCCUGAGGAGUUACCUGGGCAAUCUAUACUGAAAACUGGAGACAGGCAAUGGUUCUUUUUCUGUCACAGAGAUAGGAAGUAUCCUAAUGGUGCAAGGUCUAAUCGAGCCACCAGGCAUGGGUACUGGAAGGCAACAGGAAAGGAUCGUAAUGUAAUAUGCAAUUCUAGGACAGUUGGAGUGAAAAAGACCCUGGUUUUCUAUAUAGGCAGAGCUCCAAGUGGUGAACGGACUGAUUGGGUUAUGCAUGAAUACACCAUGGAUGAAGAGGAGCUUAAGAGAUGCCAGGGUGUUAAGGACUAUUAUGCACUUUACAAGGUGUACAAGAAAAGUGGACCUGGUCCAAAAAAUGGUGAACAGUAUGGUGCACCAUUUAAUGAACAAGAGUGGGCAGAUGAUGACGUAGUAGAUUUUAAUAUUCACCCAAUUGAUCAGGAGCCUCUUAAUGAUGUUAGUGAGACAGUUAAUGUACCUUUGCUUGAUGAUGAAAUCAAUGACAUCAUUAGAGAAAUUUUGGAUGAUGAGCUUGUCCUUGAUGAGCGACAUGUGAAUGUUUAUCCUGAAUUUUCUCAGGUUGUUACUGAAGAAACACAAAGUACUGUUGUGGAUCAGUUAUCUGAGCCUGUCAUGUUCCCUGAUGCGAUCAAUCCUAGCAGUCAAUAUUUUGAUGCGCAGCCCAGCUUUGACUUCAACCAGCCAAUUACGUCUCAUUUGCAAGUUUCUGAAGCAUCUGAGGUUUCUUCUGCCUCCAACAUUAGAACAAAGGGACUUGACUUGGAUGAGGAUGGCUUCUUGGAAAUUAAUGAUCUCAUUGAUAAUGAACCUGCAUUGUCAAAUAUGGAAAAUCCUGUGGAGUACCUGCAGUUUGAAGAUGGGUUAAGUGAACUUGAUUUGUACCAAGAUGCAGAGAUGUUUCUUCGUGACUUGGGGCCAAUUAUUCACCAACCAGAUUCACAUGCAUAUUCAAAUGCCCUUGUCAGCAACAAUAUUGAAAGUCAAAGUUACCAGUUCCUACCCAAUCUAGAGGAUGCCAACCAAACUGUUGGUGAAUUCUUGAUGCAUGGUGAAAGAAACACCCUGAUUCCAUCAGAAGGCUUUGUUGAUUCUUUCUCGUUAUCUUCCCCAGGUGUUGUAUAUGAAUCUGUCAGCUUUCCUACUGAAGGCAAUAACAAUCAAACUAGCACGGUGGAAGAUGUUACUACAAAUAGCUUCUCCUCUUCUCUCUGGGCCUUUGUUGAGUCAAUACCGACUACUCCUGCAUCAGCUGCUGAAAGUGCUUUGGUGAACCGAGCUUUGAAUCGAAUGUCUAGCUUCAGCCGGGUGAAGAUCAAGCACCUUAACAAUGCCGCAGGUAAAGACACCGCAACUAUGAAGAAAGCGGGCAGAAGGGGAUUUUCAAUCCUUUUCUUCCCUAUACUCAUUGCUUUAUGUGCUUUUUUAUGGAUUUUUGUUGGAAACUUGAGAUUAUUAGGGAGAUGUAUCUCUCCUUGA